UUCGAGUUAAACUUGAGUGAAAUGUCAUUUUAUUUCGUAAUAUGAGUUAAAAACGAACAAAAACUCCAAAAUUAUAGAAAGAAAUAUAUGUGUCAGGAUUCAAUUUGAAUCUAAUGAUUUCAAACCUAUUUUAUGAGCACAAAAUAUAAUGUAUGAUUCCUAAAUUUUAUUAAAAUAGUAAUAGGUAAACAAAAUUUCUGACCAGUGUUUCUCAAACAAUUCAUCUUCACAUAACCUAUUCAUAAGAAUAAGUUGUCAACAGACAAUGAAAUUGUAAAUAGAGGACAAUUUUUAUCAAAGAACGGUAGGUAAACCAAUAAUCAACAAGUUACUGAUAAGCAGAACAAACACUGUAGUUAAAAUAUUGUUAAAAACCAUUGAUAAUAAUAUAUAAGUACAUAAAAAGAUCUCUAUAAUGAAUAGCACUCAUGAUCAAGCAUUUUUACAAAUUUUACAAGAAGAGAAAAAUAUAACAAACUUCUUAGAUGCAUUCUUUGGAUUUUUGUACAGAUGCACAGAUUUUUAUGUUGAAUCUGGACCAGAUCAAAAAUUAGGUUUUCCACCUGGUACAAUAGAGAAGCUUGUAUUACACAGUUUAAGAAAAUGGAAGAAUAUUUCCAAAUUUGCCAGUGGAACAGACCCACCGAAUACCCAAGAAGUUAUUAUCCAAAGUAAUGAUAAAGAUCAAGAUGAAUCAAUGACUAUAGAAGAAGAGAUUGUUGUUCCACAGGUGGAUCAUGAAGUAGAAAUUGAAACAAGCAAAGAAAAUCAAAUCAUAGGUAUACCUACUCAGUUACUGGAAAGGGAUAGAUCAUCCGACAGUUACAAUGGGGCAAUAAGGGAAAAUUAUACUUGGUCCCAAACUGUCAGCGACAUAGAUGUGUUAGUUCAACUUCCUAGUUGUAUCAAAACUGCUAAAGACUUAAGAGUACACUUGGAUUCAAAAGAAAUUAAAAUAGAGGCAAGGACAUCGAGGGUUGAACAAAAUCAAGAAGUAGAAGAAUGCCGGUAUUUUGUGUGGACCACAAUAUUCAGGGGUGAACUAAGUUUCAAAGUUAGAAAAGAUGAGUCAGUAUGGAGUAUAGUACCUGGCCAAUAUAUUAGUAUUCAUCUUGAGAAAGCUUCUGAAAGAUGGUGGGAAGCAUUACUUGUUGGUGAACCAAAAAUUGAUUUGACUAAGAUUGAUUGUUCAAGGAAUUUAGAUGAGAUGGGAUCAGAAGAACAAAUGAAAGUUCAAGAGCUAAUGUGGAAUCAUCAACAAAAGCUUCUUGGUAAACCAACUUCUGAACAAAUCAAAAUGGAGAAAGUACUAAGAAAGGCGUGGGACGCAAAAGGAUCUCCUUUCGAGGGUACUCCAUACGAUCCUUCGAUAAUAAAUUUCAAUUGAUCUAUACGUAUCUUAUUUUUGAUUAAUUGUUAUAACUAA